GACUUGACAACGCACUCAUCUCCUCAACACAAUGCCGCGCGCACAGCAGCCCCCACCGCCGACCCCGACCGCCGCGGACCUCCAAGCGCCCGACAGCGUGAACGAUGUGCUGCUCGACGCCGCGGUCCAAACCGAGCCCAAACCAAAGGAAAAGCUCAACAUCGACGACUACCGCCGCCUGAACCGCCGCGCGACGCAGAACGGCAUGUAUACCGGCAUGUUUGGCGGCGCGGGCUUGGCGUUUGUCGCGUCGCGCUUCGGGGUGGGGAAGAACGGGCUCGCGUUGACCUUUUUGCUCUCCGCCACGGGUAUCUCGUUCUUCACGACCCGUUCCAUUAUUAACCAGUCCCUCGGCGAGCAUUACUCGGCCCUCCGGGCCCAGCGCGAGCCCAAGGCGCCUGGAGGCGGGUCAUUCUUCCCCGACACAGCUGGCGGGGACGAGGCGAUCAGUACAAAGGACAAGGAGGAGGAGACGACGCCGCGCGAUCGCCUGCGUGAGGAGCUCCUUGGCCUCGGGAAGCAACCCCGCGAACGGACUCGCUGGGCCAAGGGCCGCGGGCUCGACGGAGAGGUAGAGGAAGAGGCAGAGAUGCGGGAUACGUACUUGCGGCCUGGGGUGCCCCGGACAUAGUCGAAACCCCUUGCACAGCACAACACCUUAUGCAUGACACAAUCCGACUUGUACA